UAAAGCUCAAGCAAAUAACGAAGGAGCAAAGACGGAGAGUGCAGAAAAAAUAUCUUAUCUAGCUAUACUUUUGUUGGCAUAUAUGGUUUGCUUGCUUUGUUGAACUGUAAAGGAGACCCAGAAAUUGAAUGGCUGUGCAAUUUGUAAUCCGAAUUACUUUCUUACUUCUGCUGACAUAUGGAUUAGCAGCAGCAGCACCUAUGGUGAAACCCAAGUGUCGUGAUCGCUGUGGAAAUGUUAGCAUUCCAUACCCUUUUGGAAUCGGAGGCAAUUGCUACAUGGAGAAGUGGUUCGAAGUUGUUUGCAAUGAAACUGCUGGGAACUCUGCUAAAGCCUUCUUAACUAGUAUUGACGCGGAGUUGCUGGAAAUCAAAAUUGGUGAUUUGACUGGUAUUGAUUCUUACUCUCCUUAUGAGCCAGGAAUCGUUCGAGUCAACAUGCCAAAUAUUUCUUCGUAUUGUAUGGGUCAGCGAAGUGGUGGUGUGAAUAUGAGGGGAAGUCCUUUUUACUUCUCGUCGUAUCGGAAUAUAUUCAUUUCCACUGGUUGCGACAAUAUGGCGGUAAUGACCGGUAUUGAUCCUAUGGUUCUGGUUGGGUGCAGAUCCUAUUGCAAUAGUAAAAACAUGACAGGCAAUAAUAGCUGUUCGGGCAUCAACUGCUGCCAGACCACAGUCCCUUACGGGAUUCAAGUACUUGAUGUAAAAUUCAAAAGUAUAGAUGAAAACAACAAUGGCAGGGAUAAAUGCAAUUAUGCCUUCCUAGCACAACAGAAUUGGUUCGCAAACAUAACAGAUCCCUCUAACGAAGUGCCGAUUUGGGACAAAGUUCCUGUGGUGCUGGAGUGGACAACAUCAAACUUUACUGCGGCCAUUGAUCCACAAGAUUUGCGUAGACGGAAUGCAGAUUCGUACUACACAAAUUACGGGGCGGAUUAUUAUUAUUGCCGUGAUGGAUACAAAGGAAAUCCUUAUCUUAACACGGGAUGUCAAGAUAUAAAUGAAUGCAAAGACGAGAAACUCAAUAAAUGUCUCAUCAAGUCAAAUUGUGAGAAUACAGAAGGUGGUUACACUUGCAAUAAGCCAAGGUCUCGGGUGAAGAUAGCAAUUAUAGUUAUUUGUACAAGUUUUGGAGUAUUGCUUCUGCUCCUUAUUACUUGGAGAUUAUACAAAGUGAUAAAGAAAAGAAACAAAAUCAAGCUCAAGCAAAAAUUCUUCAAGAGGAAUGGUGGAUUGUUAUUGCAACAACAAUUAUCUUCAAAUGAAAACAAUGUUCAGAAGACAAAAUUAUUCAAUUCAAAGGAGUUGGAAAAUGCGACUAAUCGUUUUAAUGAAAACAGAAUACUUGGUAAGGGUGGACAAGGUACGGUUUAUAAAGGAAUGUUAGUUGAUGGAAGAAUUGUGGCAAUUAAAAAGUGCAACACAGUGGAUGAGGGAAAUCUUGAACAAUUCAUUAAUGAGAUUAUCAUUCUUUCACAAAUUAAUCAUAGAAAUGUGGUUAAACUACUCGGGUGUUGUCUAGAGACAGAAGUUCCUUUGUUAGUUUAUGAAUUCAUUCCCAAUGGCACACUUUUUCAGUAUCUCCAUGAAGAAAAUGAAGAUUUUCCAUUACUAACAUGGGAUAUGCGCUUAAGAAUUGUCACAGAAAUUGCAGGAGCUCUAUCAUACUUACACUCAGCAGCUUCACAACCCAUUUACCAUCGAGACAUAAAAUCUUCAAACAUCCUCCUUGAUGACAAAUAUAGAGCAAAAGUAGCAGAUUUCGGCACUUCAAGAUCAAUGGCUAUUGACCAAACUCAUGUAACCACACUAGUAUAUGGUACUAUUGGGUACUUGGAUCCUGAAUACUUUCAAACAGGUCAAUUUACUGAAAAGAGUGAUGUUUAUAGUUUUGGAGUAGUCCUUGUUGAGCUUUUAACAAGAGAAAAACCAAUUUCUUCAAUGAGAUCACAAGAAGGUCGAAGUCUAUCUACAUAUUUCAUUCAUUCACUGAAAGAGAACCGUCUCUUUGAUAUACUUGAUACUCAAGUAAGUAAGGUUAGUAAUAAAGAUGAAGUCAUGGCAAUUGCUGACCUUGCAAAAAGAUGUUUGCACUUGAAUGGAAAGAAACGACCUACGAUGAUAGAGAUCUUGAUGGAGUUAGAGGGAGUUCAAAAAAUUUCUCUUGUUCAACCAAAUUUUGAAGAGCUUGAAUAUGUUAGAAAUGAAGAAAUAGGGCCUUGGAAUGAGAUUUCUAUUUCAGCAAGUUCAUGUUUAGAAUCAGGUGCAACUUCAUCAUCAGACGUUCUACCGCUUUUAUCCAUCAAAUCACUUUGACUAAUAAACUAUGUACUUUUUUUUCAUGUUGUAAACUAUUAUAAAAUCAUAUUACUAUUUUUAAACUCCUACUAAUAGAGAAGCAAUAAUGAUA